AUGCUGUUCUUUUCAUUGCUAUACGUUUUUGCCCAGUACACAGCUAUUGCGGCAGCAAUCAAUGCGACUUCGUUGUCAUGGUACGAUCCUCAACUACCCGGUCUAAAUGCUACGCUACAAGAGGAGGUCUUCGCGCGACGGUCGUACUUUUACGUUGGAGGAAAGUAUAUCAAUGGGACCACUGGGUCGGUCAUUACCGACCAGAUGUAUGUCGAGAAAUUGGAACCUCCAGUUGUCCUCCACGCGUACCCUAUAGUGUUCAUCACGGGGGGCUUUCAGACAGCAACAAAUUGGCUUAACACUCCUGAUGACCGUGCAGGCUGGGCUUCAUAUUUCCUCUCCCAGGGAUACAUUGUCUACUUGGCGGACCACGUUAAAAGAGGAAGAUCGCCAUGGAUCGUGGCAGACAGCGCUUUGUUAAACACUACAGCCACUGGCCUUGCAUUUGUCCAAAAUUACUUCAUCGCUGGAGAACGUACCAAGCUAUGGCCACAAGCCGUACUCCACACCCAAUGGCCUGGUACUGCUGAAGUUGGUGAUCCCACGUUCGAUCAGUUCUACGCCAGCCAGAUCCAAACCGCACCCAACGAUGGUCCUUUCUCCCAAACUGUUGUCGACGCCUAUUCCGCGCUCCUCGAUAAAAUUGGCGCCAGCGUACUUGUUUCCCACUCCCAAGGCGGUCCUUAUGGCUGGGGCAUCGGCGACUCGCGACCCGAGCUCGUAAAAGCCAUAAUCGCCCUCGAGCCAGAGGGACCUCCCUUCGAGAACCAAGUCCAACGUACUGGUGCAGCACGUCCAUACGGCAUUACCACCGCGCCCAUCACCUACUCUCCUGCUGUAAACCUGACAGCCGAUGCCAACGCCUUCAUAAAAGUGCGGGUGAACUCCACGGACCCCAAUCUAGCCAAUUGUCUGAUGCAGGCGGAGCCAGCAAAACAGCUACCGAACCUGCAGAAAUUCCCCAUCCUGAUGUACACGACUGAAGCGAGCUAUCACGCAUUUUACGACCAUUGUACGUAUAGUUAUCUGGUGCAGGCGGGCGUGACGCCGGAGUGGCUGCAGUUGAAGGAUAUCGGGAUUCGCGGAAAUGCGCAUUUCAGUUUCAUGGAGAAAAACAGCAUGGAAAUCGUGCCCUUGCUGGAUAUGUGGAUUCGUGCGACAGUCGAGUGA